AGAAUGACCGAGUUGUACUAAAAAUAUAAUACAUAUAUCGUUGCCAAGUUGAUUCGCAAACAUUAGUGCCAUGUUGUCUUUAGAACUGACACCACAUUGAUAAGAAAUUAAAACUCCAUUUAUAUAUCGUAAAAUCAAAUCUUUACGAUUGUUACGCAUCUGCCGCAGACGUGACGUGUUUUGAUUAAAUUAUACGAAAUAUUAAAAUAAAAAAAUUAAUGCAAAUGAAGUUGACUCGUUAUUUUAUUGAAAGUGAGUUUGAAAGUGAAUUGAUUCAAAAUGGUUGUCAAAAUGAAUUCGGUGAACUUCGAGGAAGCUCUGAAUAUGACUGGGUUCGGCAAGUUCAACUUUCUGAUGCAAUUGGUAAACAUAAGUCUAAUCAUGGGAAUGGCGUUCGAGAUCGUGUCCGUUGCGUAUUUGGUUCCUGCCAGCGCCUGUGAACUGAACACUACCAAUUUCCAACAGGGCUUUAUGGCUGGCAUGCCCUUAUUAGGUAUUAUUGCGACCUCCCACUUUUGGGGAUAUUUAGCUGACACCCGAGGCAGGAGGAAGAUCUUAGCCUGGUGUAUGUCCUUAGCAUUUCUUGCUGGUGCGUCAGCAGCACUAUCUCCAGACUGGAUCGUAUUCAGUGUGUUGAAGUUCCUAUCAUCGUGCGCUGUAGCCGGGACGUAUGCAUUAGCUCUGACUUUGUUAAGUGAAUGCACGCCGCAGCACAGGAGAUCAAUUAUGGUGGCUUUAACUAGCAGUAUUUUCCUGUGUUCCACGGGACUUAUGGCAGUGAUAUCAAUUCCAGUUCUACAGUUACAGUUUUCGUACCACAUACCGUAUCUGAACAUCGAGUUCACAUCGUGGCGCCUUUUGAACCUCAUGUUCGCUGUUCCUUGUGCCCUUAGCGCUGUUGGCAUGUAUUUCUCAUACGAGAGUCCGAGAUUUUUGCUAAGUAUUGGCGACGAGGCGAAGGCAUUGGAGGUCUUGAAAGGCAUUUACAUGAUAAAUACGGGAAAAAGUGGUAAUGAUUACAACGUGAGUUCAGUAGUUUUAGGAGAAGACAAAGGCAAACCUACAAGCGGAUUUAUUUCCUCUCUUGUCGCCCAAACAGUGCCAUUGUUGAAACCACCACUUCUUAAGAACACAUUGCUUUUAUCUGUCAUGUUUGUGAUUGUUUACUUUGGAAUCAAUCCAUUUUUAACAUGGUUACCUUACAUCGCUGAUGGCGUUAUGAAGGCUAUUGAAAGAGGUGAUGAUAAUUUAUCAUUCUGUGAUAUGCUGAGAUCUUCGCACAAUGAAACCUUGACGGAAAAUCAAGACUGUAGUCUCAACAGCUUCGCAAUGGUCACAGUUUUCGUGAUAAGUGUCACAAUCGCCGCCCUGAAUACAAUUCUCAGCGCUAUCAUCAAUUAUAUUGGAAGAAAACGCAUGCUGAUCGGCGUGCAGUUGUUCGCCGGUAUCGCGGGCUUGUGCAUCAACUUGCCUAACUCGUGGAUGGUGAGCACGGUCCUGCUCGUGGCAUUCAUGACCGCUGUUCUUAACUUCGGCUUCCUUUCCACGUUCAGCGUCGAUAUCUUCCCCACUUAUGUCAAAGCUAUGGCGGUUUGUCUCACUCUGAUGGUCGGAAGAGGAAGUUCAGUAUUUGGCAUCAAUAUCCUGAAGCAUUUGCUGGUAUAUGAUUGCGAAUUGGCCUUCUAUAUCUUCGGUGGACUUACUUUUGUUGGCGGUUUGAUUGGAUUCCUUCUACCGGCUGAUACGAAAACUCUCAGCAAAAAAUCAGCAGAUACCUAAACAAAUAUUAGUUAUAAUUGUAUUAAUUUGUAAAUAAAUGUGAUAGGGGUCUGAAAUUAAUAAUUAUAUUAAUUUUAUUAUCCUAAUAUAUACAUAAUUCUUCUGUACGUGUGUCUGUCACCUAAUUUCUCCUAAACGGCUGGACCGAUUUAGAUGAAAGGUUGUGUGUAAAGUUCAAUAGGUUCGUGGAUGGUUUGAAAACACAAUUGGGCCUGCGCGCUGUCGGUAUAUCACCAAAUUAAAAAAUGUCUGUAUACCAAGAAGAAAAAUGUCUGUAUACCAAGAAGACGUCUACUGAAUCCGCUAGUAUUAUAUAGAAGUUGUAUAUUGUUUCUGUUAUUUUAUAUUUAUUGUAAACAAUUAAUAUUAACAACAGUAAAUGCAAGAUAAUUAAAAUGUACGUUUACCCGUAUGUAACUCAUUAUACUCUAAUCGAAGAAGUAAAGAUAAAUAAACCUUAGAUUUACAUA